AUGAGCAGUCAGCGUGUACCAAUCGAGUCCCAGCGUGUCGAUGCACCCCUGACGCAAUCCGCGACCUUCCUCGUCGUGUCUGCGACCAACAAACCGGACUCGAUCUCUACGAUCCGGGGCGUCCUCGCCGGGCUAGAUGGCCUCGCAAAGAAUGUCUCGAUCCGCGAUCUGAAUGCCCAAUUCGCCUGCACGGUAGGCAUUGGCAGCAACAUCUGGGACUCGCUCACAAAGCUUCCGCGGCCAGCCGAGCUACAUCCUUUCAGGGAGGUGAAGGGCCAGAAGCACACUGCAGUGUCGACACCGGGGGAUCUGCUGUUCCACAUCCGUUCCGAGCGAAGGGACAUCUGCUUCGAGUUUGAGCGGCAGUUGAUGGACCAACUGGGAGAUUCUGUCGCACUCGUCGAUGAAACAGUCGGCUUUCGCUACUUUGAUGUUCGGGACCUGCUCGGGUUUGUCGACGGCACGGCGAAUCCAGUGGGGCCUGCGGUGCCUGCAUCCAUACUCGUCGCGGAGGAAGAUACAUCUGCUCAGGGCGGUAGCUACAUCGUGGUGCAGAAAUAUACACACGAUCUGGACACUUGGAAAAUGCUGUCGACUGAGCAGCAAGAGCAGAUCAUUGGACGCACCAAGCUCGAUAAUGUGGAGCUCGACGACGCGGAGUCAGGCCAGCAAUCCCACAAGACAUUGAACACUAUCGAAGAUGAGAACGGAAACGAGCACGAUAUUUUGCGGGACAAUAUGCCCUUCGGAUCGCCUGGCUCCGCAGAGUUUGGGACCUACUUCAUUGGGUACACCCGGCGGUUAUGGGUCAUUGAGAAGAUGUUAGAACGCAUGUUCGUGGGCAACCCACCGGGCUUGCAUGAUCGCAUACUUGACUAUUCGAAGCCACUGACCGGCUCGGUCUUCUUUGCACCCUCGGCGAGCUUUCUAGCGAGUUUGGACUCGGAUUAG